AUGUCUGAUUGCGCAGAUCAGGGAGAAGCAACGGUUGAGCAAGAGAUUGCGAAUACUUCGAAAAAUACCAGCAAGAUUUCGUUAACUAAGAGACAGCUCUAUGGAGAUAACAGAAAUUUUUUUUUAUCAGAGCCUACACUUUCAAUCGGUGGACCAAAUAUUGCCAAAAAAAUAUCAUCUGUUCCCAAUAUCGACAUUGAAGUAAAUUAUGAUGAUUUAUGUGGCAAAUGGUCUUGCCCACCAAUUCCAGCAUAUCUGCCAUAUGAUAUUCCUUUAGUUCCUCAAAUAUGUACUUGGGUAUUUAUCCAACAAAUAGAUAUGCCAUAUAUGAAACAGUGCCAAGACAGCAAAGAUGCUAUACUUUCAUUAAUCGGGUAUAAGUUACCGGAUAACACUUUGUUUCGUGGUCAGAACAAGGAAAUUUUUCUCCAAUUAAUGUGGGAGGUUUUCAGAUUUUCCAGAGAUAAUGGUUUUACUGAAAUGGGCAUUUCUUCAUUGCUUGGACUGUUCUAUUUUACACAUCGAUAUUUUUUGACAACAUCCUGGCGUACAGCUCGAGAAACAUACGAAUUUUUUAAAGAAGGUUUACUCCUUCAUUCUGUUCUGGACCCUCCAAAAAGUAUUGAAGUAUUUACACCGACAGAAUGUAAACAGUCCCUAGAUUUAUUUUUUAAGGUAUAUAUGCGUCAAUUACCUUUGUUGCGAUUUGUUUGUCUCCCCAAUUACCGAUUGAUAAUGACCUUGGAGAGAGACACUCCACAACGGGGAGAUGAAGAAAAGUAA